CCCCCUUUGGCAUUAGAGGGAAUUAAGGACCGAGUGCUGUAUGUCUUGAAACUCUAUGACAAGAUUGACCCAGAAAAGCUCUCAGUAAAUUCUCAUUUUAUGAAGGACCUGGGCUUAGACAGUUUGGACCAAGUGGAGAUUAUUAUGGCCAUGGAAAACGAAUUUGGAUUUGAAAUUCCUGAUAUAGAUGCAGAGAAGUUAAUGUGUCCACAAGAAAUUGUAGAUUACAUUGCAGAUAAGAAGGAUGUAUAUGAAUAAAAUUUCAGAGCCUUCUUCCUCAUCCGGAGGACUCCGAGAAUGCCCGAUUGCAUCAUGGCUGACUGACAGUGGUUCUGUUGGACUUGUAUUUAAAUUGUCUGAGUGUUUUACCCUUUAAAAAUAAAUCUAUUAUAAAACUAAAA